CUCAAUUGCUUUGGAAAUGUCAUUAUAUCAUUUUCAAAGUGUUUUAUUCACGUAAUCGUGAUGUUUAGCAGUAAGAAACGUUUGGCACAAAAAACACCGGCGCAAGGAAUUGAUCGCAAAGAAUUCAUCAAUCUCUUAGUCGAUGAAUAUUACGAAACGACAAACGUUGAGGCACAAGAACAAGUUACAGCAAAUUUGGCAAACUUCUCGUACGAUCCACUGAAUUGGGAAUACCUAAAGGAAUCCAAGGCAGUUGAACUAUUCCUACAACUUCUUAAUAGUGCAAAUCAAAUUUUGGUUUCGCAUGGUGUUGCAGCACUGUGUAACAUAUGCUUGGAUCACAUUGUACAACGAAUAAUCAUUGAUGAUAACGGAAUCGAAGCCAUUUCAUCUCUACUAAUUCACAAUUCAUGUGAAGUGGUUGAAAAUUCGAUUGCAACUCUGCUUCAAUUACAUACAACCGAAACACAUUCAAACAUUUUUUCUGUACAAAAUCGAUGCAAGGUCGCAACGUAUCAGAAAUCAUCAAAUAUUCCACUACAAAAUUUGGCAAUCAUUUUUCUAGAGACCGCUCGUGAUGUUACGUUGGAAACAAAUGACACUCAACCAUCGACUUAGCCGGUAUUGCCUAUGUACAGUAGUAUAAUUCGAAGAUCAAUGUGUAGCAUCAAAAUACCUCGAAUAGUUGAGAAACGAACUAUUACACAGGAUGAAGUCGAUCAAUUCGCAAAAUUAUCCGGUGAUACGAAUUAUAUUCACAGUACUGAAUGUCCACCAGAAAAACGUUGCGUUCAUGGUGCAUUUCUAAAUGCAAUCGUGAGUGGAGUAAUUGGCACAAAAUUUCCCGGCCCUGGAUCAAUUGUAGUGCAACAGGAAUUUGUUUUCCCACAAAAGUGCGUCUGUGAUGAGGAGAUUACUAUAACCGUAAGAAUGUUGGAAAAUCGACAUAUUAAAAAGAUUGCAUAUGAAUGCCGACAAAAGGGUUUGCCAAUUUUUACUGGAACAGCAAAUAUUGUAAUUAAAAAUGUUUAAUAAAUUGAAUUUGACAAGAACUGUGA